AUGAUGAAUAUACAAAGAUUUGGCUCAGAGCAAACCAGAAGAGAAAAUAAUAUGAAUACCAUUUAUCAACAAACUCAAUAUCCAAUUCCACAUUUCCCACCAAAUUAUUAUUUACACCCACAUCACACAGCUUCGACAAUGCCACAACCAAGUCCAAGAAAUACCACUUCCUAUCCAUAUGAAAAUGGAACCAAUAGAUCAUCUCCAUCAAAUAAUUAUUUUCCAUUAUAUCAACAACAAGAUGUUUAUAGUCAUCAACAAUUUAAGAUAUCCAAACCACAAAUAGUACCAACACCAAUCCAACCAUAUACUUAUCAUCAAGGAUACCACAUGAGUCCACAAUAUUCACAACAACCACAAUACCAUCAACCACAACAACCACAACAUCCAUUUUCAUAUAAUAAACAACAUAUAGAAUUUUAUGACCAACUUAUUCAACAACAUCCACAUAAAGAAUUUCAAAACAAAGAUAGUCUGUUCUAUCCUCCUUCCAUCAUUCCAUCACCAAGACCAAAUAAUAUUAAUAACACCAACGUCAGACCAGUGACCUCCCCACCACCACAACAUUUGACCACAAUCGAUAUUUCACCAUCUUCUUCAUCCUCUUCUUUGUACAGUCCAGAUGCACAUCGUCCUAUUUAUUCUCCUCCAUUAAAUCAACAACAACAACAAAAAUUACAAACUUCUCAUUUAUCUCCACAAUAUUCCGCUUCACCAUUGUCUUCACCAUCUCAACCACAAAACAAUCAACAUCAACAACAACAACCAUCACCUAUUUCCUACCACUCACCAUCUUCAUCGUUUACUUCUUUACAUCAACCACAACCGCAAUAUCCAAUCACUCAGUUAUACAAUUUAGAUGGUAGCUCAAAGAGACCUCACAUCCCCAAGAUUUCAUUACCAGUUACUGGUAAUCAACCUAUUGCCACUGAACAAGAAGAGAGCUUCGUAGAUGAAUCAGACAGCAAGUCUACAACAUCGACUAUAGUCAACGAUGACUCUGAUCAACCAAGUAGCGAUAGAAGUAGCAGUGCUGCUUCUACUACAACCACCACUACUACCUCUAGCUCAUCGUCGAAAAGACAUAAGGACAAAGACAGUAGUAAAGAGAGAGGAGAUAAGGAUAAGGAAUCAAAGAAAUCGAGUAAAGUAAACAAGAGACCAGAUGAAAUCAAAGUAAAGAAACAAAGAGGUAGACCUAGAAAGGAACGUCCAACCUCUUGUUUGGGUUGCAAUACCAGUACCACUCCAGAGUGGCGAAGAGGUCCUCUCGGUCAGAGUCUGUGCAACGCUUGUGGAAUUCAAUAUGCCAAGCGUGUGAAACGCGAGAGAGAAGCACGCCUUCGUCAUAGUAUUGCAAGUAUUGUCAACUACGACGAUGUAGAACCACUCGACCACUUUAACAAUAGUUAUAAAUCGUCAACCAGUAGCAUUGAUACUAUCGAUCAACUAGAUGAUUUCAAUAGUAGAAUCAACAUUAGAAGUAACAAUAUCAAUAGCUAUUACAAUAAUAUAAUGGAUGAAAAUGAUGAUCUUCCACUGGAAAGCAGUAGUACACCUAGAAGAGGAUACAACAGUCAAAGAAGAAGUAGUAUCAGUAGUUUGAGUAGUAGCAGUGGCUACGAAAGCUAUAGCAGUGACAUCGAGUCGGAUACUACAUCGAUUGGUGGUAGCACACCCAGAACCGGCACACCAAGAUUAGGAACACCAAGAACAAGUACACCUCCUAGAAUCAUCAACAACAGUAACAACAACAACAAUAGAAAGGAAUAA